AAAUUUAAAUAAAUUGAAAGGAAGUGAGACAAUGACUGACUACACUGUUUCUUUUCCUCCGACGACCCACCACGCCGCCGUUUGGUAGCAUCAGAUUAAUCUGACGGACCAAAAUUGACGAAAUUCACGAUACCUUUGGCGCGCUAGUUUCCUUAUUCUUUUGAGCAUUUCUUUCUCUAAGUGCUGCUCAAUGCGGUUCCACUUCCAACUCCAAUUCUCUCUUUCAAUUGAACUAACCAAAAUUCAAAUCUUUCUAACCUAACAACAAACAACAAUGUUGCACGAGCUUCUCUUAGCAUUACUGGGUUACACCGGCGACUUAAUCAUCGACCGGAGAGACAAUCUCUCCGCAGAAACUCCCAUCUCCGACGAGUGUACUUUCAAGCUCGCUCCUCACAUUUCUUUUAUCGAUCCAAGCGACAGGGAACUUAUUGAGAGGAUAAUCACGUUGGGGUUUUAUUAUAGAGAGUUGGAGCGAUUUUCAGCAAAGUCUAGGAAUUUAAACUGGAUAAGGUCUGAAAAUGUUAACCCUUUGGAGAUUAGGGAGAAGCAUAGUGUUUAUCGUAGAGCCCUUGCCAAUGGCAUUGUUGAGAUACUCUCAGUCUAUUCUUCUUCAAUUCUUCAUAUUGAACAGUUGUUGUUGUCUGAAACUAUGCCUAUCUUGGCUACAGUUACUCAAGGCCUUAACAAGUUUUUUACCCUUUUGCCGCCUUUGUAUGAGCUCAUUCUAGAGAUUGAGCGUGCCGAUAUUCGUGGAGGUCAGCUUCUUAAUCUUCUACAUAAGAGAUGCCAUUGUGGAGUGCCUGAAUUACAAACUUGCAUACAGAGGCUUCUUUGGCAUGGGCAUCAGGUCAUGUAUAAUCAGCUUGCAACAUGGGUGGUUUAUGGGAUUCUUGAAGACAAGCAUGGGGAGUUUUUCAUUAGCAGGCAAGAAGGUAGGGAUGUAGAGAAUAGCUCAUCUCAUCCAGAAAUAUCUGAAAAGUUGGCACGCUUGUCAACUAACAAUGCAUCUUUAACUGAUUGGCACAUGGGCUUUCAUAUCUCUUUGGAUAUGCUGCCAGAAUAUAUACCUAUGCGUGUUGCAGAAUCAAUUCUUUUUGCUGGAAAAGCUGUCAGGGUUCUGCGGAAUCCAAGUCCUUCAUUCCUGUCUCGGGAUGCUGCGUAUCCUCAAGUGCCUAAAAGCUUUCAGAAAAUACAUGGAUUCGCAGGGCGUUUUAAUUUUCAAAGAGAGCCUGUAAAUAAUACCGGAAUGGGAGAAGAAGAUUUGCUUCCACAAUCUGAGGCAGAUAAGAUUGAAAAUAUGCUUCUGGACCUAAAGGAGUCAUCUGAAUUUCAUAAAAGAUCAUUUGAAUGUGCCGUGGACUCUAUUCAGGCUAUUGCAGCCAGUCAUCUAUGGCAGCUUGUGGUUGUACGAGCUGACUUGAAUGGUCACCUGAAGGCUUUGAAAGACUAUUUUCUUUUGGCAAAAGGAGACUUCUUCCAGUGUUUUCUUGAGGAAAGCAGACAGUUAAUGCGGUUGCCACCUCGUCAGUCAACUGCUGAAGCUGAUCUUAUGGUUCCGUUUCAGCUGGCUUCACUAAAAACUAUUGGUGAAGAAGACAAAUAUUUCUCUAAAGUGUCCUUGCGGAUGCCAUCUUUUGGAAUCACUGUUAAACCUUCCCAGUUAGAUUUACCAAAGGCAACCUCUGCUGGUGCAGAUGGUAUCUCUGGUGCUUCAGUUUCAAAUGCUUCAGAAAUGUCAGUUGAUGGUUGGGAUGGUAUUGCUCUUGAGUAUUCUGUUGAUUGGCCUUUGCAUUUGUUCUUUACGCAAGAAGUCCUCUCUAAGUAUCUUAGAGUAUUCCAAUACUUACUGCGGCUCAAACGAACACAAAUGGAGUUGGAGAAGUUAUGGGCAUCUGUAAUGCAUCAAUAUCACAGUAAUUUUGCCAAAAAUAAAAAGGACCAAAACAAGAGCUCAAUGACACAGCAGAGAGAUCAAAGAUUUCGAUCAAUGUGGCGUGUUAGAGAACAUAUGGCAUUCUUAAUCAGAAAUCUCCAAUUUUAUAUUCAGGUGGAUGUGAUAGAGUCUCAGUGGAACAUUCUACAAUCUCAUAUUCAAGAUUCUCAUGACUUUACGGAACUCGUGGGCUUUCAUCAAGAGUAUCUGUCAGCCUUGAUUUCACAAACUUUCUUGGACAUUGGUUCUGUUUCGAGGAUACUUGAUGGCAUCAUGAAGCUUUGCCUGCAAUUUUGCUGGAAUAUCGAGAACCAAGAUAACUUCUCAAAUACUUCUGAAUUGGAACAUAUAGCCGAGGAAUUCAACAAGAAAUCAAAUUCCUUGUACACUAUACUGCGCAGCAGCAGGCUUGCUGGAAGUCAACGAACUCCGUUUUUGAGACGCUUUCUCUUGCGGUUAAAUCUGAAUUCCUUCUUUGAGGCAACUGCAAAAGGGGUUUUGAAUGUCGUCAGGCCACGUCCUACACUUCCUGGUUUAAAUCAACAGUAGUGUAUUUGAUUCCGGCACAAGUUCAAAGUUUCUCACUUGUAGGGGUAUUAUCUUCCACGUGGCCGUCGGUUGAUUAAGGGAGAGUUUUAGUGCUGACAAUCAAGUUGCUAUCGAUUUGCUGUCGCUGGUUGAUCAUCCUGCAAUUGCGUUUUGAAUGUCAGCUACACAUUCCAUAUGCUAUUUUGAGAAUGUGGUUGUUGAUCCAAUUGAUUUUAUUGUAAUACUGCACAGUUUGGAAAGUGUUAUGCUUAUGAUUUUAGGUGUCUUUUGUUGUCUUUCCUACUUUGUUGCAGUUUAUUGAUAUAUAUUUUCAGCGAGUGAUUGGUGUGUAUAGUGUAAGUGUUUUUUAAUAUUAUGAUUUACAAUGCCUAUUAGAUUUCUUCCAGGAAAUAUAUAAUUGCCCUUAUAUCAA